AUGCCAAGAUCUAAGCGUUCAAAGUUGGUUACUCUAGCCCAAACCGACAAGAAGGGCAGAGAGAAUAAGGAAAGGAUCUUUGAUGAGGUCAGAGAGGCUCUAGACAGUUACAGAUACGUUUGGGUGUUACAUUUGGACGAUGUGAGGACUCCGGUUUUGCAGGAGAUUAGAAGCUCUUGGGCUGGGUCCAAGCUAAUUAUGGGUAAGAGGAAAGUUUUGGUGAAGGCGUUGGGUGAGAAGCCUGAGGAAGAGUACAAGGAGAACUUGGCUAAGCUUUGUAAGGAGUGUUCUGGGCUCACGGGUCUGCUAUUCACGAACGAGGCGGUUGAUGUUGUGGAGGAUUACUUCAAGGCGUACACAAGAGCGGACUUUUCGAGACCAAAGUCGAAGGCUCCAUUGACGUUUACGAUUCCAGCUGGGAUUGUGUAUUCGCGUGGUGGACAGAUUCCCGAGGAGGACGACGUGCCAAUGGUGCACUCGCUUGAGCCUACGCUCAGAAACAAGUUCAAGAUUCCUACCAAGAUCAAGAACGGUAAGAUUACGCUUGAGUCGCCAUUCCUGGUGUGCGAGAAGGGCAAGACGCUUGACGUUACACAGGCGUUGAUUUUGAAGCAGUUUGGUAUAGCAGCAGCUGAGUUCAAGGUCAAGGUUGCAGCAUAUUACGACAACGAGUCCUCGUCUGUCGAGAAGGUCGGUAUCAACAUGGAGUAG